AUGUCUGACUGGGAUCCCUACUGUUAUGGCGCUUCCAGAUACGCCGCCUAUCACGUACUUUUGACCGCGGCAGCUACCCUCCAAGUAAUCGGCAAAAAGCUGCCUCCCGCCGCCCACAAGAUCUACCGCGGAUACUACGACGAUAUUAUAUCGUCAGCAAAUUGCGCACAAGACUCUGCUGUUGCAAUGGUAACUUUCGUCGAAAACUUUCCGGCUAUCUUGACAUUUCAUAACAGGCUAGCGGUCUUACAGAAUCCAGAGAUCGAAGGACAGAAGCCUGGCGAAGGACGCGUUAAAUUCCCGUUGGUGGGGAAUGGUAUAGCAGCGGGUGAUGAUGAUGAGGAUGUGAUAAAAGCAACUUUGGCUCAAGAGAAGCAGAGGAACAAACCGAAGUGGGAAGCCGAGAGGGCAAAAAAAGGCAAGAAACCGAAGAACCCAGUGGCGUCAGAGGAAACAUUGGCUAUGAUACCCGAAGCUGCUCUGGACACUGACACUGAACUUGGGCCUGAGAUGAGCGAAGAGUCUUCAUCAUUGGCUUAUUCCUUAACUGUCACAAAUACCGAAGCGGACAGGCUAGUGGUAACCCAAAGCCCUACGAUAUUACCAGCAUUUCUGGCCAACCCUAAUUACGAACCCUUUGGCAUGGCUGACGAGAUCAUCGACACAGAAGGGCCAGCGGGACGCCAGAGCUCGGUGACGUUGCCAGCGAUUUCAACCAUCACCAACACUGCACACCCCGAAGAUGAUAAUAACAACGAGAUGGGACUCAAGUUUCCCGAAGACAUAUCGGACGACUUGACUUGGCAAGAUGGUUUGGAAGUCAUUGACACCUUCUCAUGGGCGCGCCCACGAUCACCUUAA